ACGGUACUUUAACCUGUAGCUUACGAGCAGGAUGAUCAGCUGGCCAGCACGCUGUGGAUCAAAUCUGUCACUAUGGUGACCGUCAGUGCAUAAAAGUCCAGUCUACCGGUGGCACUAUGUGAAUAUUACUGUACAUUCUCUCAGCAUCUUGAAGAAGCAACUAAAGGAAGAACUGUGGAGGAGAGGGUUUUUUUGGGGGGGGGAAGCUCUUUCUACCAUUUGGAACUUUUUGGUGAAACGUGUUUUAGGCAUCAGUCCCAGUUGAAAUAACUAACUAAUUUACACAAACUCACCCUUUUAAUAGUCAACUAACGACAGUUAAUGAUGUUCAUCCGAAGCUUCGUUCUUGUAACUUUUUCUCAUUAUUUCGUACUUCUGUUGAUGUGUCAUUUCCCUCGGGCGUCCGCUCAGAAAUCCACUGGUCCACGGCAGUGGCUGAUAGGGGACAGGGAGACCCACUGUGGGAUCAUCUGUUCCAGGACACAGGGCAAGCCGGUGUGUGGCUCUGAUGGGCGGAGCUACGAUACCGGCUGUGACCUGCAGAGGGCGCGCUGCAAGGACCGCUCUCUGACGCUAGCACACCGCGGACGAUGUCGAGGUAAAAACUCGGUGAGGAUUGACCAGCUUCCAGUAGCUGCUGCUCCAACAUCAGUGUCAGAGGGGAAGAACCUGGAACUGGAAGAUGGAGGCCAGUCUAAGUGCAGGGUGGAGAGGAAUCAGGCUCUGGAGCAGUCUAAGAGACCUCAGGAGUCCAUCUUCAUCCCAGAAUGCAACGAGGACGGAACCUUCGCCCAGGUGCAGUGUCACACUCUGACAGGAUACUGCUGGUGCGUCACCACCGACGGAAAACCAGUCAGCGGCUCCUCCGUGCACAACAGGACCCCUGUGUGUUCAGGGUCAGUAACUGAUAAACCACCUGGACCUCCUAGUUCCGGGAGAAAAGUCUCUUUCCGUUUCUUUCUCACUCUGAACCCAGAUGAUGGCUCCAAGCCCACACCCACCAUGGAGACCCAUGUACUGCCAGAUGGGGAUGAGAUUACGGCUCCGACCUUGUGGAUCAAACAGCUGGUUUAUAAGGAGAACAAGCAGAACAGUUCCAACACGAGAAGACCAGAGAAAGUUCCCUCUUGUGACCAGGAGAGACAGAGUGCCCUGGACGAGGCCCGUCAGAACCCCCGUGAGGCCAUCUUCAUCCCAGACUGUGGGCCAGCGGGCCUCUACAAGCCUGUCCAGUGCCACCAGUCCACUGGCUACUGUUGGUGUGUUCUGGUAGACACAGGGAGACCCAUACCAGGCACCUCUACCAGGUACCAGACCCCAGAGUGUGACAGCACGGCUCGUUCGAUGGUCUCAGACGUUGAAGAUCCUUUCCAGGGCCGAGACCUGACAGGCUGUCCGGAGGGGAAGAAGGUGGAAUUCAUUACCAGCCUUUUAGAUGCCCUCACCACAGACAUGGUCCAGGCCAUAAACUCACCAACCCCCCCUGGUGGCGGGAGGUUGAUGGAGCCGGACCCCAGCCACACUCUAGAGGAGAGGGUGGUCCACUGGUACUUUGCCCAGCUGGACAACAACAGCAGCCAUGACAUCAACAAGAAGGAGCUAAAGCCCUUCAAGAGAUACGUCAAGAAGAAAGCUAAACCCAAGAAAUGUGCCAGGAAGUUCACUGACUACUGUGACUUGAACAAGGACAAAGCCAUCUCACUUCUGGAGCUGAAGGGCUGUCUGGGGGUCAGCAAGGAGGGUGGUUCUGUGAGCAGCAUCAACCAAGGGACAAGGCAAGGGACUAAUUUGUUCAUAGGUCGUCUGGUGUGAGGAAGGACGGCUCCAGAAGCUGAGAGGAGAGCAGAGGGCAGGGUUAGAGCAGAGGGCAGGGUUAGAGCAGAGGGCAGGGUUAGA